AUGGAGCCAGAAGACUUAGAAAUAUGUCCUUAUGACCCAAACCACAGGAUGCCAGCCAGCAGGUUACAGUACCACCUGGCAUCAUGUAGAAAGAAAAAUCCAAAGAUAGCUAAAAAAAUGGCUAACUGCAAAUAUAAUGCUUGUCAUGUGGUCCCAAUCAAAAGGCUCAAGGAACAUGAGGCUAACUGUGUCAAUAGAACUGCUGUAGAUGAUGAGCCAUUUAAUCUUCCAAAGGUUAUUUCUCCAAGUUUGGAACCAAAUGAAAAACUUUCUAAUGCUGCCAAUCAGAUUCUUGACCCUGAUGUCUGGAACAUAGAUAACACACAUCAUUCUCCUUCAUUUGUUCUUAAGACAUUUGCUCCAAAAACGCUGGUCUGUGAAAGUGACUCAAGAGACAUAAAAAAACAGUCUAUGGAUGGCAAACAUCCUAACAACUAUAAGUCCUGGAGAAAAGGUCAGAAAAACUGA